UGGGCCCUCUCUCACUCUCUCAUUGAUUUCCCGGCUGGACACGUUUUCUUUUUAAAUAAAAACAGACAAAAAAAAUUGGCCCAAAAAAUGAAAGAGCCUCUAUCAAAAGCUCAAGAAGAAGAAAUGAGCUCUGCUUUAAUUGCUCAGUUAUUAGCAGAGGACGCACUAUCUCAAGGACACUUGGACUACUAUGCUGAAUACAGUAAUGAUAACCAGUAUGAAGAUAUGGAUGAUAGUUAUGAAGAUAACUCAGAAGAUGAUUUUGACCCAAGAAAGAAGGGACGCGUGAACAAUAGAAAAGAUGGUAUAAAUAAUAAAAUUAAAUAUUCCAUAUUAAAAUGAUAUUAGUUAAAAGAGGACGUAAGAGAAAGAUACCUUCUUCUUCUACUGCUACUACAACAACAAACACAGUAUCAGAAUCACCAAAUGUAGAAAAUACAAAUGAAUCAACAAAUGAUAUAAAGGACGAUACAGAAGAAAAGCCAAUGAGCAAGAAGCCUAGGAAGCCUGUACCAGAAGGUUAUAACACAGGUGUAUACACAGAGUUGGAAGAAAAGAAUUUUAUAGAGGGUCUGGAGUUGUUUGGAAGAGACUGGACAAAACUUCAAGCACACGUUGGUACAAGAGACUCUAACUCUAUCCGAAGUCAUGCUCAAAAGCACUUCAUUAAAAUGUUUAGAGAUAAUAUACCUUUGCCUGAAAAAGUAAGAGAAACCGGUGAAGGAUAUACACUCUCAGGAAGGCCUUUGGAUCCAAAUUCUGCUGCAGCACGACCCUAUUUAAAAUCAAUGACCGUAGCUAAAACGGAUGAGGAAAAGACAGAGACUGGCGUAGAAAAACAGACAAAGGAAUUGACUAUUAGUGAUAAAGAAGAAAAGAAAGAUAGAAAGCCAACGCCUGAAAAAAAGGUCAAGUCAAACACACCUUCACCUUCUACAUCCUCCUCAACAAAGAAUAUUUCUGAUAGCACACCCUAUGAUGCGACAGGUAGAACAAGUUAUUCUUCAUCUAAGCUAAGGAAGCAGCGAGAGUCAAUCAACUAUGGACAGAUUACUAAAGACGAAGACCCGCUAACAAUGAUUAAAUGCGAACCAUUUAUUGGAAAACCUGGAUCAAACACAGCUGGAUGUCAGCCUUUCCAUAUCACUGUUCAAUCGAACGUGUUGUUAGCAAUGGACUUUCAUGCUCAUUUGAUGACGACAGAAAUCAUUGGAUUCUUGGCUGGUGAUUGGGAUAAAGAAACAAUGCGUAUCAUCGUACGCGAGGCGUAUCCUUGCCGUUCGAUUGAAACUGGGAGAAAUGAUGUUAAUGUAGAGAUGGAUCCUACUAGUGCUAUUGAGACAAGGCAGCUGAUUGAGGAGCGUAAUCUAAAGGUCGUCGGCUGGUAUCAUUCUCAUCCUACUUUUGUUCCUGAUCCCAGUUUGGUGGAUAUAGAGAAUCAACGUAAUUAUCAGGUGCUGUGCCGAGAUGAGCAAGCAUCUUCUGAACCCUUUGUUGGGGCCAUUGUUGGACCAUAUGAUCCUAACUUGCCAGGAUCAGCUAGUGUCAUCAAUUGGUUCCAUGUGAGCAACACCAACAGCGAAAGGCCGAUACCAAAACGACUGAUUUAUGAAUUGCAGGAGAAUGACAAUCUGUCUGAUGAGGAAUCCGAGAGACUGUUUAAAUUGUUGGAAGUAUAUAAAAAUUCGCCUGAAAAGACCAUCUUGAAUGAAGCAUGGAGACAGGAUACCACUGAAAGUAAACUAGACAAGAUGAUCAAGAGUCUUGGAUCACGUAUGCCUUGGGUUCAAAAAAAGCUCAAGGAAUCAAAUGAAUUUACAGAUGUCUUUUUAGAAAGAGUACAGCAAAGCUUAAAAGCAUGGUAAAAAUAACAUUAAUAAAAACAUGAUUUCAGGAACGCAUUUUUCUGUAUCUUUUUUAAGCCACA